AGGUGCUCUUUCCCACCUGCGAGGUGAACGUAAUUGAACCCGUGGCUGACACGGGGUCUGUACUUUCUCUGAUCAUAGCCUGUGUUUUCAUGGUGUCAUCGGUUCCGUUACCGUCGGUGCCGAUGUGCGGCACGUCUACCCACCAUUUACCAGAUUAAAGCUCCUGUGCUCUCGCUGCUGAACCACGCUGCAGGACGCCAAACGCCGAGUGCACACAGACCCGGUACAGAGACGUGGAGCAUUGCUGGCGAGACGACGCUACUUUAGAAUUACAGAUCCUGGAGACUGUCGGGGGUUUGGACAAAUCAGCCCCCCAAUUCAGAAAUGGAGACUCUGCUGAAGGUCGGCGGGUAGGCGUCGGGCUGCCAGUGUAAAGAAAGACGUCUUCCGUCUUCGAUGACACUGACGGCGAGUGAAAGCUGAAGCUGUCCACUCGUCCCACUCCUCGUCUUCAGGAUGUAUCACAUCGUCCCCGUGGCUCCCGGGGAGCAGCAGACGGCCCGGGGAGCUGGUGGCUCUCCACUGAAGAAGAAACUGAGUCACGAAGGCCGGCCCCUGGUGGCGGCGGGCUUACUGGGCUGUGUGCUGGUGCUGGCCGCUGUGGUUGCCUGGUGCUACUACUCGGCGUCCCUCCGCAAAGCGCAGCUGCUGAAGGCCGAGCUGCUGGAACUCGACAAAGACGGUUUUGUUAUUCAUAACCAGGCGGGGGCUGUCGUCUUCAGUAUGACCUUCAGGUCUGGCACUCUGGAUCUGGACUCCUGCAAAAAGGAGCAGAACAUUCUGAGCUGCACCCGGUCCGGUUCCGGCAAGCUCAACUUCUUCAUCCAGACGGUUCGGCUGAAGGACACCGUGAUGUGCUACCGCGUCCGCUGGGAGGAGCUGCAGAGCAAGCGCUCGGUGGAGCACGCCAUGGCCUACAACGACUCCCAUUGGUACGGAGGGGCGGAAAUGGCCACCCAGUACUGGCCUAUCAGGAUCCAGGGCGAGGAGGAGCCGCAGCCUUUCAUCACUAGUGACGUCUACUCCAAUCGGAAAGCCUUUGGGGGAAUCCUGGAGCGCUAUUGGCUGUCCUCGAAUGCGACUGCCAUCAAGAUUAAUGACUCUGUUCCGUUUCAUUUGGGCUGGUCGGAGAAGGACGGGACACUCAGGUUCCAGGCCCGAUACGAGGACUCUCCCUUCAGACCACCAGAGGGUCAGCAGGCCUUACCUGAACUCAGCUAUAGAGUGUGUGUCGGGUCGGAUGUUACCUCGAUUCACAAAUACAUGGUGCGUCGGUAUUUCCCAAAGCCCAUCAAGGUGCCGUCUCCCGAAGUCUUCAAACAGCCGCUGUGGUCCACGUGGGCUCUCCACAAGACGGCGGUGACUCAGGAGAAACUGCUGCGCUACGCCGCCGACAUCACCAAGUACGGCUUCACGUGCUCCCACCUGGAGCUGGACGACCGCUACACCGCAGACUACGGGGAGUUUGACUUUGACCCGCAGAAGUUCCCCAACGCCAGCGGCAUGUUCGACAAGCUCCGAGAGGACGGCUUUCAAGUGUCUCUCUGGACGCACCCGUUCAUCAACUACGACUCCAUUAAUUUCGGCGUCGCCGUGGAGAAGGGACUCUUCGUCCGGGAGCCGAGCGGCGAGCUGCCCGCCCUGGUGCGCUGGUGGAACGGCAUCGGGGGGAUCCUGGACUUCACCAACCCGGAAGCCCGCGAGUGGUAUUCCUCGCAGCUGCGGAUGAUCAAAGCCCGCUACGGCGUGACGUCCUUCAAGUUCGACGCGGGAGAGACGAGCUACCUGCCACGCCAGUUCAGCACCCUGGUGCCGCUGUCGGACCCCUCCACCUUCACCCGCCGCUACACGGAGAUGGCCAUCCCGUUCAGUGAGCGCGCCGAGCUCAGGGUGGGCUACCACAGUCAGGACAUCUCCUGCUUCUUCCGGAUCAUUGACCGAGACUCUGUGUGGGGCUAUGAGCUCGGCCUCAAGUCCAUCAUCCCGACUGUUCUCACCAUCAGCAUCCUGGGCUACCAGUUUGUGUUACCUGAUAUGAUCGGAGGGAAUGCAUACCCCAACCGCACCGCAGCUGGUUUAGACGGCAACAGCGUUCUGCCGGACAGAGAGCUGUACAUCCGAUGGUUGGAGCUGUCUGCUUUCAUGCCCGCCAUGCAGUUCUCCAUACCACCGUGGGCCUACGACAAUGAGGUGGUGCAGAUAGCGCAGAAGUUCACCGAGCUCCACGAGACCCUGGUGGCCCCGAGGGUUCUCGAGCUGGCAGGCAAGGUGCUCGAUACCGGGGACCCGAUCAUCCGGCCCCUGUGGUGGAUCGCCAAAGACGACGAGGCGACUUACAAGAUCGACUCCCAGUUCCUGAUCGGCGACGACCUGAUGGUGGCGCCGGUGUUGGAGCCGGGGAAGCAGGAGAGGGACAUCUACCUGCCUGCCGGGCACUGGAGGAGCUACAAGGGGGUACAUUUUGACAAGGGGCCCAUGUACCUCACCGACUACCCCGUGGACCUGGACGAGAUAGCUUUCUUCACGUUACCGGAGCCCACCAGGAGCCAGUGGACUAAGUCCAGGCGAACGGGGUGCUCUGAAGUCAUUGCAAGGACCUCAGAGUGCCCUCGAUCUGUUUUAGGGUUCGAGCACGAGAGAGAAGGGUGCUGGACGAAUACCUGCCUGCUAUCAGAUCCUAGUAGGAUUUGAAUAUUUCUAUGCCCUAGUCAAGGGCCAUAGAUAGGAUCAAUUACAUUUAUCAUAACCAGUAAAGAUAAAUAAAGUUAGAUUGGAUUGGAUAAGUAAUUGAGACUCUGUUGGACGACAGAUGCGCAUUUAAUAGAUUAUUCCUCCCACACGGGGUGAGAAGCUGUUCCUCCGACUGAGUUAAAGAUUGUGAAUUCAAUCCUAGAAAGUAUUAGAUACUUAUUAAAUAUAGAAAUUAAAAUAUAGACAAUUUUUCAUAGUCAAAUGUCACAUUCUGUAUAGAGCCAGCCUAGUGGCCGUUGUGUUGUGUUGUGUUUUCUCAUUCUCUUCAACAGCUACACCUGACGCUCCAGCAUCGACCUCCAUCGUGUGCUGGCUGCCUGCUGUGAGGACCUGCCCUGAUGAGCUGCCCAUGAGGAGUAUCGUGCAGCGUCAUCACCCGGCUCAGAGAGACUGAGGAGCAGACGGAGAGCCACCCUGAGGAGCCCUGCGAUGCCAUUCGGAGCAGAGGACAGAACGACGCAGAGGAAGAGGGACAGAUGACAUCAUGUGGAUAUGCGAAUCCACCGACGGACCGACGGCUCAGCCAGUGAGAACCAUGAGGAAUAAUAUCUCCCCAGGGGCUGGGACGCCCGGGAGGUUUGAGACAGGUUCCAGAGAGACAAGGCUUGUUUGACCUUUUGGAUGACGGCAGAGAACCACUGCAUGCAGGUAGCUGCAUGUAGUCCGAGAUCCUUGAGAAGCCCUCAGCUGAGAUUUAGUGAGUGUGAAUUGCUGGUAGACAGUUAACUGCUUGCAGUCUGUGGACGCAGUGAUUCAUGCUCCCUCAGCUGAGUGGGACGAUCACAACCAUCAUUGACAAUGAGGAACUGGAGAACUGGAGUUGCAGAGCAUGUAUGCGGAGGGACUGGAUUCACAGGGAUGCACAGACACCUGCACAGAUAGACACUUAGUGCACACGUUACAUUAACCGGAACCAUCAGGACAGUAAGAUUUUUACCUGUGUGAUGAAUACAUUCACACUGACACUUAGUGUUAUUUAGUUUCCUUGAGAAGCAGGGAUGAAAGGAGGGAGUGAUGUUCUUCUUCCACAGGGAUGCUGAAUGAUAAUGAGUAAUAAUUAAAAUGUUGUACAAUGUUUGUUUACAUAGAGGGUCAAAAUAAAAGGGCUAUUACAUGGUUGUUUAUACUAUUGGAUAAGUAUAAAAGGAGGGAUUGUUAAGUUGUAAUAGUUUAUUUUGAUAACAUCUGCAGAGGUCUUAUGUUUUAAAUUAAUACGUAUAGAAAGAUAUUAUAAUAGAAAAUAUUAGGGAGAAUAUUGAUAUUGUUAUUAAUGUAUUAUGAAGCAUAUAGGUAAUGUUUACUCUAUGAAUUAAUGUAUAUUGCAUGAGAGUGACUGUAUGUUAGUAUUAUAGAUUGACGAGGCCGGCUGAAUUCCGUCAAGUGACUUACAAUAAUAAGGGACUUUUAUUGUGAAAGUGACUUUAAUGCGGACAAUAACAAAACGGGACUCUUAUUGUGAAAGCGACUGGACCGGAAGUGACGUUUUGACCGGGCCAGUGAGGAGUAUGAAACUCCUGGUUUAGAGAACUCGCUUCCUCUUCCACAGGUAAGCUCCGAGGCCGCAAGGCUGAGGGUCCGGGGGAGCCGGGACACGAGGAGGAGCGCUUUGAAUGUUUGUUCUACACUUCCUGCCAUUAAAUGUCGAUAACUUAA